AUGAACAACACAGUAACUAUCCGGACCAGGAAGUUCAUGACCACCCAACUACUUCAGCGGGAACAAGUGGUCACUGAUGUCCUUCAUCCUGGGAAGGCAACAGUACCUAAGACAGAAAUUUGGGGAACACUAGCCAAAAUGUACAAGACCACACCAAACGUCAUCUUUGUGUUUGGGUUCAGAACCCAUUUUGGUGAUGGCAAGACAACUGGCCUUGGCAUGAUUUACGAUUCCUUGGGUCACGCGAAGAAGGAUGAGCCCAAACACAGGCUUGCAAGACAUGGCCUGUACGAGAAGACCUCAAGAAAGCAGUGA